UUCAGUUCGUUUGACUUGGUUUCUGGCCGCGACGUCUGCUUUCUCUCGCGUAGCAAGUGGUCAACAGAACAGUAGGUUCCUCGUUUGACUAUCCUAUGUAAUCCAAUAUUCCCUCCAAUGCAUUGCUACACUCAUUCGGUCAUUCACUAUACUUUGUGUACGGAUUUUUAUGUGACCAGUUGUUCCAUCACGGCAAGGGUACAUGCCAGCCGAACACCUUAGCUAAGUUUGGAAUAUCGUGGCACACUCCCGCCCAUGCAAACCUAGUACAAAUAAAGCCCCAACUUCACACAACAAAUUUGCAUACUGAAGAAGAUAAAAAAAAAAGUUCGAUAGAUUCAUCGCUCAUACUAGCAAGCAUGGCAAUGCCAGUUGGAGUUGCACCGGUGUUGUUACUGUUGCUUUUGCCAUUGGCGGCGGCGACGGCGGCGGCGGAGAGUGACGACAGGGACGCGCUGAUGGCGUUCAAGGCCGGCGUGACGUCGGACCCGACCGGCGUGCUCCGGUCGUGGAACGAGACGGUGCACUUCUGCCGGUGGCCGGGGGUGAACUGCACGGCGGGGCGCGUCACGUCGCUGGACGUGUCCAUGGGCCGCCUCGCCGGCGAGCUCUCGCCGGCCGUCGCCAACCUCACGCGGCUCGUGGUGCUCAACCUCACCUCCAACGCCUUCUCCGGGAGCAUCCCCGGCGGCCUCGGCCGGCUCCGGCGGAUGCGGUACCUCAGCCUCUGCGACAACGCGUUCGCCGGCGAGAUACCCGACGCGCUCCGCAACUGCACCGCCCUCGCCGUCGCGUACCUCAACAACAACAACCUCGUCGGCGGCGUCCCACGGUGGCUCGGCGCGCUGCCCAACCUCGCCGUGCUCCGGCUCAGCCACAACUCGCUCUCCGGCCGCAUCCCGCCGUCGCUGGCGAACCUGACGAAGAUCUUUCGGCUCGAGCUCGACCAGAACCUUCUGGAAGGUUCCAUCCCCGACGGCUUGUCGCGCCUCCCGGCGCUCGGCAUGUUAGCCUUGUCGCAGAACAGCCUCGCCGGAGAGAUCCCGGUGGGGUUCUUCAACAUGACGUCGCUGCGUGGCCUCGCGCUCGCCGACAACGCGUUCCGCGGCGAGCUCCCGGGCGACGCGGGCGCGCGCACGCCGAACCUCCAGUACCUCUUCCUCGGCGGCAACCUCCUCGCCGGCCCGAUCUCGGCGUCGCUGUCGAACGCCACGGCGCUGGUGGCUCUCAGCCUCGCGAACAACAGCUUCGCCGGGCAGGUGCCCGGCGAGAUCGGCACGCUCUGCCCGCUGUCGCUGGAGCUGUCGAACAACCAGCUCACGGCGACCGACGACGCCGGCGGCGGCUGGGAGUUCAUGGACAACCUGACCAACUGCAGCGCCUUGGCCGAGAUACUCCUCGACGGCAACAAGUUCGCCGGCGUGAUGCCGCCCUCCGUCGUCCGCCUCUCGCCGCAGCUCGAGGCGCUGAACCUUGCCGGCAACCGCAUAUCCGGCGUAAUACCGCCGGAGAUCGAGAGCCUCGUCGGGCUGCAAACGUUGUGCCUCCAGUCCAAUCUCUUCUCCGGCGAGAUCCCGGAAGCGAUCGGCAAGCUCAAGAACCUUCGAGAGCUGCUGCUAGAGCAGAACGAACUGGCCGGGCCGGUGCCAUCCGCCAUUGGCGACCUCACGCAGCUGCUCAAGCUCGACCUGAGCGGCAACUCGCUGAACGGAUCGAUUCCUCCCAGCCUUGGCAAUCUGCAUCAGCUGACACUGCUUAACCUCUCCGGCAACGAGCUCACCGGCCAUGUCCCGAGUGAGCUGUUCACCCUCUCGUCGCUGUCGCUGCUGAUGGACUUGUCGGACAACCAGCUGGACGGCCCGAUCCCUCCCGACGUCGGCCAGCUCACGAAGCUCGCGUUCAUGGCGUUGUCGGGGAACCGCUUCUCCGGCGAGGUGCCGACCGAGCUGGAGAGCUGCCAGAGCUUGGAGUUCCUUGAUUUGGCCCGCAACGUGUUCGUCGGAAGCAUCCCGCCAUCUCUGAGUGGGCUGAAAGGGCUCAGGAGGCUGAACCUGACGGGCAACAGGUUGUCCGGGAGCAUUCCGCCGGAGCUCGGCGGGAUGCCGGGACUGCAAGAGCUGUACCUCUCGCGGAACGACCUGUCCGGCGGCAUACCGGCGAGCCUCGAGACCAUGAGCUCGCUGAUGGAGCUCGACGUGUCCUACAACCGUCUCGCCGGCCAGGUUCCAGUCCACGGCGUGUUCGCGAACACGACCGGGCUGAGGAUUGCCGGGAACACCGCGCUCUGCGGCGGCGCGGCGCGGCUACGGUUGCCGCCAUGUCCGGCGCCGGGCAACUCCACACGACGAGCUCAUCUCUUCCUCAAGAUCGCUCUGCCUGUCGUCGCGGCGGCCCUUUGCUUCGCCGUGAUGUUCGCCUUGCUCCGGUGGCGCCGCAAGAUCAGGAGUUCGAGAACCGGAAACGCCGCCGCUCGCAGCGUGCUCAACGGCAACUACUACCCGAGGGUCACGUACGCCGAGCUCGCGAAAGCCACCGACGACUUCGCCGACGCCAACCUCGUCGGCGCCGGGAAGUACGGGUCGGUGUACAGGGGGACCCUGUCACUGAAGACGAAGGGGGAGUUCGCGCGCGAGGACGCCGUGGUGGCCGUGAAGGUGCUCGACCUCCGGCAAGUCGGAGCUUCCAAGACGUUCAUGGCGGAAUGCGAGGCGCUGCGCAGCGUCAAGCACCGGAACCUGAUCAACAUCGUCACCUGCUGCUCCAGCAUCGACAUGGAGGGCAACGAGUUCAGAGCUCUGGUGUUCGACUUCAUGCCCAACUACAGCCUCGAUAGGUGGCUGCAUCGUGCGAAGCAUACGGAGACCGGGAAAUGGUGCGGCGGUGCCGGCGGCCUGGGCGUGAUCCAGAGGCUCGACGUCGCCGUCGACAUCGCCGACGCGCUCAACUACCUCCACAACAGCUGCAACCCUCCGAUCAUCCACUGCGAUCUCAAGCCGAGCAACGUUCUCCUCGGCGAGGACAUGACGGCCUGCAUCGGCGACUUCGGCCUCGCCAAGCUCCUUCUUGAUCCGGCCAGCCAUGGCGCCGCGGCGGCGAACACCGAGAGCACCAUCGGCAUACGCGGCACGAUUGGGUACGUCGCGCCGGAGUACGGCACGACGGGGAUGGUCACGGCCUCCGGCGACGUGUACAGCUUCGGGAUAACCCUCCUCGAGAUCUUCUCCGGGAAGGCGCCGACGGACGGCGAGCUCCGCGACGGCCUGACGCUGCCGGAGUUCGUCGCCGGCGCGUUCCCGGACAACAUCGAGGAGAUCCUCGACGUGGCCCUGCUGCUGCAGGCCGAGGAGCUCGACGGAGCAGCGUCGUCGACGACGUCGGAGGAGGAGAGCGAGGCGCGCGUCACGGUGCGCGAUUGCUUGGCAUCCGCCAUUAGGGUCGGGCUCAGCUGCUCCCGGCGAGCUCCCUACGAGAGGAUGGCCAUGAGCGUCGCCGCCGACGAGAUGCGCCUCAUCAGAGACGCUUGCCUUCGUGCUUGUGGUAAAUAAGUAGGACAGUAUACUGAUUAUUUGUAGAACUUUGACAGCCGAAUUAGUCGAUGGAUAAUUAUUACUACGUCAUCGGCAUCGAAUUCUAUCACUAUUCGAGGCUUCGAGCAAGCUGUUGUGGAGUAAAAAAAAUGAAAAUGUAAAAUCCAUGGAAUUCAGGAGCUCUGAUCUCUUGAUUUAUCUAGUGUACUGUACUGACAGAAAAUGGAUGUACUCUGCAUAUUCAGAUUUCAGAAUAGAUUGUUCUGUUUAUGUCCA